CCACCCCCAGUCCGCCUGGCCCUCCCCCAAGCCUCCAGCCAUGACCGUUCCGGUUUUCACCUUAUAAAGAUGGCGGUGUGGGAUCACUGCAACCUUUAGACUCAUGACUGUCAGAAACAUCGCCUCCAUUUGUAAUAUGGGCACCAAUGCCUCUGCUCUGGAAAAAGACAUUGGGCCAGAGCAAUUCCCGAUCAAUGAGCACUACUUUGGACUGGUCAAUUUCGGGAACACUUGCUACUGUAACUCCGUCCUGCAGGCUCUGUACUUCUGCCGGCCAUUUCGGGAGAAUGUGUUGGCGUACAAGGCUCAGCAGAAAAAGAAGGAAAACCUCCUGACUUGCUUGGCAGACCUUUUCCAUAGUAUUGCUACACAGAAGAAGAAAGUUGGUGUGAUUCCACCCAAAAAGUUCAUCUCGAGGUUACGGAAGGAGAACGAUCUCUUUGACAAUUACAUGCAGCAGGACGCCCAUGAAUUUUUGAACUACUUAUUGAACACUGUAGCUGAUAUUCUUCAGGAGGAGAAGAAGCAGGAGAAGCAAAAUGGGAAGUUGAAAAAUGGCAACAUGAAUGAGAUGGAAGAGAACAAUAAGCAAGACCUCACCUGGGUGCAUGAGAUUUUUCAGGGGACGCUGACUAAUGAAACACGAUGUCUGAACUGUGAAACUGUUAGUAGUAAAGAUGAAGAUUUUCUUGAUCUCUCUGUUGAUGUGGAACAGAACACAUCCAUCACCCACUGCUUAAGAGAUUUCAGCAACACGGAAACCUUGUGCAGCGAACAGAAGUACUACUGUGAGAUGUGCUGCAGCAAACAGGAGGCACAGAAACGGAUGAGGGUCAAAAAACUCCCCAUGAUCCUCGCAUUACACCUGAAGAGGUUUAAAUAUAUGGAGCAAUUGCACCGCUACACAAAACUCUCUUACCGGGUAGUGUUUCCUCUGGAGCUGCGCUUGUUCAACACGUCGGGAGAUGCUAUAAACUUGGACCGCAUGUAUGAUUUGGUGGCUGUCGUUGUUCACUGUGGCAGUGGGCCCAAUCGUGGACAUUAUAUUACCAUUGUGAAAAGUCACGGAUUCUGGCUUUUGUUCGACGAUGAUAUCGUAGAGAAAAUUGAUGCACAGGCUAUUGAAGAAUUCUAUGGUUUGACUUCUGAUAUAUCAAAAAAUUCAGAAUCUGGAUAUAUCUUAUUUUAUCAGUCAAGAGAGUAACUGCAAACUCUGACCUUUUCCCUCCCAAGAUGAGAAAUUUACCAGUACUGUUAACUGGCCUCUAUGUAGACCCAUCCACUAUGACCUAACAAUGAUAAGCUCAUCUUUAAACUGUUGACUGAAACACUCCAACUUGGACUGGAAGAUCUCUUUUCUUUAGUUUGACUCUCUCAUUAACAAGAAUAUAUUUAUAUGGACUCACAUGCCCAUCUGCUGAAUCCUGCUGAAUUGAGGUAUAACAUUGCCUAGAUGUAAUUACCAUUAAGGACUAUUUGUUUACUCUUUCGAAAGAACCAUUCCUUUGGACCAGUGGUUUUCAAACUGUAUUCUGGGGGAUGCUGGGCAUUACUGGAAGGUUCUCAGGGGGCCCCCCAGAUAAGAAAACUGGUAAUAAUGGACAACUGAAAGUCCUGUGAAUUCACAUAGGGCAAUGAUGAGCCCAAACACAUUCAAGGCUAAGCUGUAAAAUGACUAUACACUCUAGAAACAUAUCCCAGAAUCCCCUGCAAAGUACAGAGGGUUCCGUGACAGACACACAGGAGCUCCUCAGCCAAUGAGCUCAUGGGAAAAGGGUUCACAGAAGAAAGAAAGUUUGAAAACCACUGUUUUAUAUACACAAGCAGCUCAUUCUUGUGGUAAGUGGAAAGCAAAGAAAUGUAUUUCCUAAGUGUUGGCACUGGAGUACUUUCACAGAUUAUGUCACAUGAUGUUCUUCAGCUGGAAGGCUAUUUAUUUUCUCCUGAUCCUUUUAAGCUUUGAGUUAUUAAAACGUGAAAUUGGCAA